GGUUCCUGUGUGACGCUCCCGCUCUAUGGUUAUGCGUCCAGCUGCUUUGCUGGAGGGAGAGGCUGGGACCAGGAAUAGGAACUUUGGUGUGUGUGUGAGAGAGGGGGAAAGUGCGCGGGAAGGGAGGCACAGCCGGGUGAGUGGAGUCAGGGCAGAGGUCAGUGGGUAGUUAGUGGUGGAGCGAAUGUAAGUGGGUAGUAGUAGGGUCAGGUGAGGGGAGUAGUGAGUGGUUAGUAGUAGGGUCAGGUGAGGGGAGUAGUGAAUGGUUAGUAGUAGGGUCAGGUGAGGUGAGUAGUGAGUGAGUAUUAGUAGGGUCAGGUGAGGGGAGUAGUGAUAGGGUCAGGUGAGUAGUGAGUGAGUAGUAGUAGGGUCAGGUGAGGUGAGUAGUGAGUGAGUGAGUAGUAGGGUCAGGUGAGUGUAACAGGGAAGGGCAAGUAAGGGCUAUAGAGUGAGGAGCAGUAUCUGGAUUAGGAGGGGACAGGCCUGUGUCUGACUAAACAAACGGUUUAUUGUCUAUGGAACAUUAUUGUAGGGACUCAGUGGAUGAGACAUGCAGUGACUUUAGACAUUUAAUGUGAGUAUAGUGAGUAAGUGUAAGUCUUAAAGCUCAUUUAUAGCUGAGAGAGAAGUGUGAGUGCAGGGGGUGUAUGACUGUGUGUAGUGAGGGGACAUCACAUUCAGUACCCUGAGUAUCUGGAGAGGGUAACUGACUCGGCAGCAUCACAAGGAUGUGGUUCAUCUAUGUCCUCAGCUGGCUGUCCCUGUUUGUUCAGGUGGCCUUUGUCACUCUGGCCAUUGCUGCCGGACUGUACUACUUGGCAGAACUAAUAGAGGAAUACACAGUAGCCACCAGCAGGAUCAUAAAGUACAUGAUAUGGUUUUCUACAGGGGUGCUCAUCUGCCUCUACUUGUUUGAGAAAUUCCCAACCAUUAUGAUUGCAGUCGGGCUCUUCACUAACGUAGUGUACUUUGGCUUGCUGCAGACCUUUCCUUUCAUUAUGCUCACAUCCCCCAACUUCAUAUUAUCCUGUGUUCUCGUGGUGCUGAAUCACUACUUGGCUUUCCAGCACUUCGCUGAGGAAUAUUACCCAUUCUCAGAGGUCCUCGCUUAUUUCACCUUCUGUCUGUGGCUUGUUCCAUUUUCCUUCUUUGUUUCCUUGUCUGCUGGAGAGAACGUUCUCCCCUCCACAAUUCAGCAAGGUGAUGAUGUUGUGUCCAACUAUUUUACCAAGGGCAAGAGAGGAAAGCGCUCAGGGAUCCUGGUUAUCUUCUCUUUCAUCAAGGAGGCCAUCUUGCCGAGCAGGCAGAAGAUCUACUGAGCCUACUAAACCUGUGACAACUGACUGUGCUAGAUCACUUUAAAUAAGAGCGAAAACACUUUAAAUAAGAGCGAAAACAAAGAUGGAACCUGGGUUUGCACAGAGCAGAAAGCUGUUGCCCAAAGGAAGCUCACGGGCGAGAGAGACGUUAAGAUGGGACAUCAUAUUUCUGGAUUGGUUACAGGGAGGGGUUUCUCCAGCUAUGAUCUGAUGGACUGAGUUGUCCAGUUGUGAUUGGAUAUCCAGUCACUGACUCCUCCCACUGAUAAUGUUUAAGCAACCAAUGUGUGCUACUAUGCUAACCCCAUGUGAAUAUCCAAUAGGAAAUACAACAUAAAAUGCCACGGGUAGCCUUUUGUACGAAAAAAACAAACAAACCCGAAGUUCUGCAUUUAUUUUAACACAGUUGAUGUAGUGCCAACAGAGAAGCCUAUAUUUACAUGAUCAUGUAUGGAAGAUUGGCCUGUAUAGCCACCACCUGUGUAGAGAUUAAAUAUAUGUGUCAUUA